GCCGGGCCAACGCCGCUGCUCCUCCCCCGGGGGGGUGGCCCGGCUGGUGGAGGCAGCUCCGCCGCAGCCCCCCCGCAGCAGCAGCAGCAGCAGGAGCGGUCGGUGCGGGGCUGGGCGGCAGCGGGGGCCGGGGACAGGGAAGAAGCAUGACCAAGAUGAAUUGCAUCCUGUUAACUGCCUGCAUUGUUCUGGUUGUUUUUUGUGGUUCUGGUUAUACCCUAAGGUGUUACCACUGUGAGAACAGCCCUUCCUUGUGCAAGACCAAUAGUACUUGCCUAGCGACUGAAGAUACUUGCUUGCAGAUGAAAUUUGGUAAAUUGAGAACUUCCUCCUGCUGGAAGACUUCCCAGUGCAGUAUGAAUGAUAUUGCUGAAUUCUUCCAGUUGGAUAAUUUUGAUUUCUUUUGCUGCCAACACGACUUGUGCAAUGAGAGCGCAAUUACUGGGGUUAACAAAGCAGCCUUCAGUAUUGCCUCUGUAAUGACCAUGUUAUGGAUGCUUCUGUAAUAAUCCUCAUUUGUAUGCUGUACUUUCAAGCUGAAAUUAUAAAAAAAUCAUUAACUCCUUUCUGAAUUAUACUUCUCUCAUUUUCAGUUUCUAACUGAGCAGAAACAUUACAUUUUAAAUUCUGUUUCCUAAGGUUCCAUCUGUUAAAUCACUGUCUCCUUUAAUGGGAGGGAGAUGUAUAUUGUUAGCAAUUAUAGGGAAUUCAGGUAUUUUGGCCUGCCCUAUUCAUGGGGAAAAAACCUUGUUAUCUUGUGGAGAACCUGGGCAAACUUCAGUGGGUGAUGUGAAAGGGAUGAAAUACUGUAGGUUUUAUGCUGGAAAACUGUAAUUUCUUACUGUUCCAUAAACUGUGAUUAUUUUUGGUUGGGAUUUCUGUGGGUUUUUUUCUUCUUUUUUAUGAAUAUUCCUCUGUCAUAAACCAAGCAGAGAAUUUGCCCUUAACACAAGAAGUGUUGGAUCAUAAAUAAAAAUUCGCUGCAGUCUUCAUGAUGAGUAUGGAAGCAUUUAGUUUCAACUGAUGUAGACUCUUUGUUCCCAUCACUGUAACAUUUUAAAAUUUCUUUUUACAAGCCAAUGAUAUAAUCUUGUAAGUACUGUUAUUCUGGGAGAAAGCAUCUACCUUUCUUAAACCAAAACCAAAGUAAUGCUAUAAGUGAGAAACACUUUUCCUUCUUUUUAUAUUUCUGUGAGCAUGCAAACAACGUGCUUUUUUUUUUUUUUUCCUUAUACUUUAUCCAUGUUUAGGAUUUUAAAUAAGCAUGUUCUUUGCACUGAGUAUUUAUUGGUAUGCUAAAAAUUGUUUAUAAAAUGCUGAGGAAUUGAAAUGGCACAUUCCCACAUAGUUAGCUUUUGGUUUUUGUUGAAAACAAUGACAGAUAAACUUAACUCUUCAAUCUUCCACCUAAGUGUAUUAAACAAAACCUUGCAGAACUUUAUAUUUUGACUUUUAUGCAACUCUAUAAAUGCCAAUAGAAAAUAUACAUGUAUUUAUGUAGCAUGAAUAAAAACUGCUCAGUCUGUAUGUGUAAGAGGUCUGGGGCUGAAAUAUUCUGUACAUUGCUCCGACUCAUUGGUGGAGACAGAACUUUGGUACUUCUUUGGUACUUAGGGACCCUCUCAGUCAGGUACAGUGUCAAAUUUUCCUUUUUCUCUUCUGGAGUUCUUGGCAUGUCCCUGCAGGAGUCGUGGUCCAUUGCCAAUGGCACACUCUCUUUCUGAGGACCCUCGCUUGUGACCAGUGACACCUGUUCACCCAGUCAUAACAAGGGUGUUAGUCCAAAACCAUCAUGUAUUCUGCAAUGUAUCUUUUGGUUAAGCUUAUCUUAGGUAUGAAACCAUUCUGGGAUAUCUCUAUAACUCAAAAUAUGGAAGUAUUUAAUUAAUAAAAGUAUCAAAAAAGAAAA